CGAACGAACAGUUCUUGACCCGCGAACGGAGCGCCAUUGCCUUGAAGGCGUACACGGACCCUGCAGAUCUACGCGUGGACUCAUCGGCUCCGAAAAUGGACUUCGCGUCGCUCAUGAAGGCCCAGAUCAACAAGGGCAAGGCGGCAGCGGCGGCGGCGGCCGCUACCGGUGGGGGGAGCCAGAAGUACCUGAAGCGGUCCGAGCUGGAGGCUGAGCGGGAGGCUGCGUACGUCAGGGAGCAGGAAGAGCUGGAGCGAGCGCGGCAGGAGCGAGCGGAGCGGAAGCGGAAGCUGGAGGAGGAGGAGGCGGAGCGAAACCGCGAGCGGGAGGAGAAGAAGCGCAGGCUGGCGGAGGAGGCGAGGCGGCAGCGGGAGGAGGAAGAGCGGCGCGAGGAGCAAGAGCGGCGGAGGCGGCUGGGCCUGCCGGAUCUGCCGGCGCAGACGAAGGAGCAGGCGUCCAAGGAGGGCACGCCGCUCGCGGAGGGCGAGGAGGACGUGGACGAGGCCGAGCUGCGGGCCAAGCUGCGCGAGCUGGGCGAGCCGGCGGUUCUGUUCGGCGAGACGCACAUUCAGCGACUGCGGCGGUACCGACGGCUGACGGGGGCGCGGAGCGGGCCGAAGAUGUACGAGGGGCCGAUCGCGACGACGCUGGAGCCGGUGGAGGAGAAGGACAUGAAGGUGCCGCUGCAGGUGCCGGCGACGGCCGAGGCCAAGCGGCAGGUGUUCCGGCAGCUGGCGUCGUACUUCAACAUGGUGCUGCGCGAGUGGGACGCGGCGCUGGCGCGGCGACCGGCGGACGUGCAGGCGUCGUACAGCGGCAAGCAGGCGUCGAGCGCGAUGGCGCAGGCGCGCAGCAACCUGGCGCCGCUGUUCCGCAAGAUGGAGGCCGGCGACGUCGACGACGAGGUGCUCAAGGGCGUGCUGGAGAUUGUGCACGCGGCGCAGGAGCGGCGCUACGUCGACGCAAACGACGGCUACCUGCGCCUCAGCAUCGGAAAGGCGGCCUGGCCCAUCGGCGUCACCAUGGUCGGCAUCCACGAGCGCAGCGCGCGCGAGAAGCUGCACGAGAGCGACAAGACGGCCCACAUCAUGAGCGACGAGACGACGAGGAAGUACCUGCAGAGCAUCAAGCGCUGCUUGAGCUUCGCGCAGACGCGCUGGCCGCCGGACGACCAGCUGCAGCUGAUGGGCUGAAGGCGGGCUAGACGGGCUCGACGUGGUCCAGCGCGCACCCUCUUUCGGCGUCAACGCGGAAGCGACGGACGGAGUCUGGCUCCCUCGGUUCCAGGUUUCCAAAUCCAAGCCGACGACCCGUAUUUUUUUUUUCUCCACGCACACAUACACAACCACGUACACACACGGACAUCUAUAGAUCAACGACACCGGGUCGUUCCACGCUGCGUUCUCCUCUCAGCCUUCUCGACAAGCAACGCCAACGGAUUCGGCCCAAGCACAGAACAGAGAAAGAAAGGAAGAAAAGGAAGAACGAAUGAAAGAAUGAAAGAAAGAAAGAAACGAGCGUCGUCCGCACACGAGCGUACACACAGCACCUCUGCUCCAGGCCAGAGCCCACCCACCAACCCGCCCUUCUUCUCGCCGCCCCGGCGAAGGUGUCCCAUCUCAACGCUCGCUCCGGCCCCGGGCGACCUUGCAAGCAGAGGACGCUGGAGGCCGCAGAGCGGGUCUUUCAGAAAGGCAAGUUGCGCGCGGACAGCCAAUUGCACGGGGCCGUUUUGAUUCAACCGUUGGUAUGCGGACGGCUGAGAUGUAUAUGUACGCAUAUAUAUAUAUAUAUAUAUAUAUAUAUAUAUAGA